GAAUUUGGUAACACUGAAUUGUUGUACGCUAAAAGCGCGGUCUAGCAGUACGUAAAUAUAUUUUGAGGUAAAAGUAUUAUUUUUAAAUUGUGAUUUCUCUUUCUAUCUUUCUCUCUAUCUCUCGAUUAAGUUAUUAUAAAUAAUGACCAGUUCGGUUAGUACAAAUCCUUCUACCUUAUUACCUUUAGAAUUGGUCGAUAAAUGUAUUGGAUCGCGAAUACAUAUUAUAAUGAAAAACGAUAAAGAGAUCGUUGGUACUUUGUUAGGAUUCGAUGAUUUUGUAAAUAUGUUAUUGGAGGAUGUGACGGAGAGCGAAGCAACUCCUGAAGGUCGACGAGUUACAAAAUUAGAUCAAAUUCUUUUAAACGGUAGCAAUAUCACCAUGCUUGUGCCUGGUGGAGAGAUGCCAGAUACAUAAAAUCACGUUUCUCUUUUCACAUAUUUGAUAUAUAUAUAUAUUAUAUGUAAACACGACAUUUAUUUAAUAAUGUAUAAUAAUAAGCGACGCGUAUACUAACAAGUA